CGGGCAUGUUUGGCUUGAUGAAGAAGGCGCAGAGCGCAGCAACGUACGCGGCCAAGGAAGGCUCGGCGAAAGCGGUUGUCUGGAAGAACAAGGCCAUGGACGCGGCCGACAUGGACGCGCUGCAGCGCCGCCUCAACCUGGCGCUCGACCCGCACGCGCCCAUUGACGUCAACGCGCUCAACUUUACAUAUGUCACAGAGAACCUCGUCGCGAUGGGCUUUCCGACCAAAGGCCAAUGCAACCGAGGUCCGAUCCGGGACAACCCGAUCGACGCGGUCGCCAGCGUCCUCAACAGCAAGCACAAGGGCCACUACAUGAUCUGGAACCUCUCCGAGGAAGGCUACGACUACAACUACUUUGACAACCAAGUGCUCGAAUUUUACUUUCCGGGCCACCCCGCGCCGCCACUCGGGCUCCUCUUCAAGAUUUGCGCCUCGAUCGAGAGCUGGAGCAACGCAGACGACAAGAACCUGGCUGUCGUGCACUGCCUCACGGGCAAGGGCCGGACGGGUACCGUGCUGGCGUGCUACCUGGCGUGGAUUGGGCGCUUUGCGUCGCCCAUGGAGGCCCUCGAGUUUGUCGGCGACGCCCGGCGGACGCCGGUUGAGAAGCUCACGAUUCCGUCGCAGCGUCGGUACAUCCAGUACUUUACCAACGUCCUGGACGGCGUCAAGCCGCGCUCGAUGCCACUCCUCUUGCGCCGCGUCAUUAUCAACUCGAUUCCCGUCUUUGGCGCCCGAACCACGGUCGACGACGACGGGACCGAGGUGACGGAAGAGGGCUGCUGCCCGUACGUGCAGAUCUUCAAGGGCGGCAAGCUCGUCUUUACGACCACGUGGCGCGAUGCACAGGAAGGCACGGGCGUCCGCUGGGCGAGCACGUCGGACGGCUCGGUCUCGUUCAACGUCGACUGCAUGCUGCAAGGCGACGUCCUCGUACGCUGCCGCCACCUCACGGACGCCGGCCAGCGCGUCUCGAUGUUUCGCGCUGCGUUUCACACGGGCUACAUCCCCAUGGGCAUCCUCCGGCUCACCAAGGCGCAGCUCGACGGCGCGUGCUCGACGGCGCGUGCCAAGACCCGCGACGCGCCCGCCGCCGUCGGGUCACCGAAGAGCGAAGGCGUGACCAUUUCGCAGGAAGAUCGCGAGGCGUACGAUGUCAUGCUCUCGAAGGAUGAGAAGUUUUGGGACGAGAUCGCUGCGCGCAAGGAGCGCCUGCGAGCGCACGCCAAAGCCUCGAGCAGCAAGAAGCCGCCGUCGACCUUUAGCAUUGUGAGCUCGGAAGACGACAUUCACAUUGAGAAGGAAACCUUGUACCGCAAGAGCAGCUGGGACGACGCGAAGGACAUGGAUCUCCUCGCCGAACUGCAGUCGACGCUCGUGGCGCCGAUGCGAUCGCAUGCGCACCUGGACGACAACCUCGACGACAUGAAGCAGCUCGAGAAGGAACUGGGUCUCGCCCCGUUCUUGCCGUCGCCCACGUCGUCGCUCAAGUCAACGACUGUCGAGCCGCCGUCGGCGACCAGCAGCGCGAUGGCGGCGCUGGACGUGCAGGAGCUGCUCCAAGACGACUUUAGCGAUCUCGCGCUCUCGCCGCCAAAGGUCGCGACCUCGACCGACUUUGACUUCGAGGACGACGAGUUUGCCGAGCUCGAGCAGUACUUGAGCACGCUUGGGCCCAAGGGCGACGCCAUCGACGACGACGCCAAGGCCGACCCCAAGGUUUAGACGUAUCGCUACUCUUUAAAACGAGAUAUGUAUACCUA